AUGGAUAAUGCAAAGGAGUUUCUACAAUUUAUGGCAUGGGCUAAGGGCGAAUCAAUGAUAAUCAGCCCUGGACACUAUAUUAUGCAAAUCGCAAGGACUAUACACAUCGAUGUAAAUGCACUAAAAGAGCUGUGGACCGAAGUAGUCAAUACUAUAGCGUAUAUCACAAACCGACUAACUAGGUUAGGGGGUGAAGCGCUAAUUGUGGGAUAG